GCAUAACGCAAGUCCAGCAAUAGGCGAAGCCACCGCCUGGGACUACCGAAAUCACUCACACCAUGCCCGUAACGCCCGUGUCCCUUGUUUUUCUUCCUCGUUCUGUUACUCCCAUGCAACCUUGCUUUCCAACCGAUCCAACUCCAAUCGCCUUUCUUCUCUUUGGCUUCGCUUUGUCUUCUUUGUCUCCUCAUCUUCGACUUCUUCUAGCAAUCACUCUAGAUCACCUUUAUUCAACUUCAAUUCGAAAUUCGACCUCACUCAACGCCGCAAUUGGCCGUUCGUUCGCCCUCCCAUUAACGACGCUCGCUUAAACUGCACGUCUUUGUUUCAAGCACAUACUGCGGCCAACUCGAUUCAUCCCAACAAUCUCUCCCACUUCAGCAUCUUCCUCGACUCGACUUUCAACAUGCAGAAACUAAGUGUCCUUUUCCUCUCGAUGCUCUUCGCUUCCGCGGUCUCCGCCGAUGCCCUCGACGAUGCCAUUGCCCUCUUCAAACGUCAAAGUGUGGCCUUGUCCACUGGCGGCAGCGACUCUGCGAGCGACACCUCCUCAGUAACCUCUUCUGACGAUACCACUACUGCCAGCACCAGCGUUGUCACCACCACCCCCACUACCUCGGAUUUCACUCCGACUGUUGUUGUUUCUUCUACAAUCACAUCAAGCCCUACCAGCACAUCGCAGUCCGUCGUCAUCGUCGAGACCACUUCAACAUUUACACCCACAGACUCUCAGGGCAGCACAACAGAGACCUCGGAGUCCGUGUCAACCAUCACCACGAGCACUACCGCACCGUCAAGGACUUUGAUAACCACUAGUUCUUACUCAGAAGUCAUCACAACCAUUACAAGUGUCAAAGGAGGAAGCACUGUCCAUGUCACGAGCACAGGCAGUAGCGCUGUUCCCAUCACCACGAGUGUCGACCCCGCUUCGCUGACAAACGGCGGUAGCAGUAGUGGAAGUUCUGGACUCAGUGAAACGGCCAAGAAAACAAUCGGUGGUGUGGUUGGUGGUGUCGGUGGUGCUCUGCUUCUUGCGGGACUGGCCUAUACUGCCUGGCGUAUCUGGGGCAAGAAGAAGAAUCUGCACGACGAUGAUCUCUAUGAUCCCAACCUCAACCAAGACAAACUCAGCGCAACGACUGGAUCUGACAGCACGCCCUUUCAACGGACUCUGGAUCAAUAUCACUCUCCUGGACCAGUCAACACCGCAUCCAACUUCUAAUGCGAGUGUUUGUGGCUUCAAGCACCAGCAUCACGAUCAUUACGAAUCUUGUUUGUAAUUAGCGAAAAAGGGAGACACUAAUCUGUCAUCCACCCUGGCUUGCUAGCAGGCGUCGAACCCAAAUCAUUGAGAAGGGACUCACGGGUACGGGGUCUAUUGUCAAAUGUAUUAAUGCCGGGCGUAAUUUGUGCUAUUGCACUCGAAUUGCCGGUCCAUCAUUGUGUUUCAGGGGUACAUAAGGAAAUGCCUGGUGGUGUUGUGAAUUGGCUAGAUAGAAACCCAAAAUGAUUAUUUCCUCAGCUGAA